CCCCAACGAAACUACAAAGCCCAUUGUUGUGAGGACGAACAAGCAUUCCACACUCCGUCCGACGCCGUCCACUGUUGUCAGCCCGGCGCGGUUGUUCUCGGGCAAGCGGUGAAGAAGGUUCGAAGCCUAGGGCUUUUUCUACUCCCAAAAUCAGAUGAGUCGAACAUCCUAGCUCUGCUUGGCUAGCUGUUGUGUUUUGAGGGCCACAGAGAGGCAGAUGCAAAGUGCAACUUUGUAAAUUUAUAAAUGAAAGACUUUCUUAAUUUUUGGGGGCUGAGACUAAGAGGAUAGUCAUGAUGAUAGAAGUUGCUCGAAUCCCACUAAAGGGGUGGCAGCAGGCAGCUGUUGCACUUGGUUCAGCAGUUGGUGCAUUGCUAGACCCACGAAGAGCAGAUUUAAUUGCAGCUCUUGGAGAGACAACAGGAAAGCCUGCUUAUGAGAGAGUUCUUGAAAGGAUGAAGCAGAGUCCAGAAGGCAGGGCAGUAUUAUUAGAGCGUCCACGUGUGAUAUCUGCUAAAGUUGGACAUGCUUGGGACCUACCAGAGAACACAUUUGGUGCUGCCUAUGCUAGAUUCAUGGGAUCCAGGAAUUUUUCACCAGACGAUAGACCUCCAGUGCGGUUCAUGGAGACAGAUGAACUAGCCUACGUAGCCAUGCGGGCUCGUGAAGUUCAUGAUUUCUGGCAUACCCUGUUUGGCCUCCCAACUAACUUGAUCGGAGAGUCAGCACUGAAGGUGAUUGAAUUUGAGCAGAUGCACCUUCCCAUGUGUCUGCUGUCUGUGGUGGGGGGCACGGCAAGGUUCAGCGAAAGGCAGAGAAAAUUGUUUUAUCAGCACUACUUCCCGUGGGCCAUUCGAGCCGGCAUGCAAUGCACUGACCUUAUGUGUGUGUAUUAUGAGCAGCACUUCGAAGAAGAUCUGGAAGAUGUCCGCAGAAAAUGGGUGAUUGUUCCUGCUCCUCCUGGCCCUAAACCACAAUUUUUUUGACCUAGUGAUUUGUAUCAUGUUUAGUGGGUGUGGAUGAUUAUCUUAUAGGUUCUUUUCUUCUUUGCAAUGUAUUGGAGACUGAUAUACAAGAGAAUUUUUCUUGAAUAAAUAGACAGGACCCUGGGGAGUAUAAGCUGCCUUGAUGUAAUAGGGAUCUAGAUCUUCCGUUUGACAUUUUAUGGUCAUGGAUCUUGGCCUCUUGGGCCUGAAUAUAAGCGCAGGGAUCAAUGUAUAGUUACUACUUCAGAGUUGGAAAACUUUGUAUGAAUACCGCCACAAUAGCUUGCUUGAUGGCCAGGCUUA